AUGUUGGAGACGUCACUGGCGGGAAAGGAGUGCAGCGGUGAGCCGAGCUCCUCAGCUGUCGGCUCAAAGUCCUCCUCGGCGAGCAGCCACAGCCUCACUCCGGACAAAGGGCAGCCUGCAGGGGAGGCUGCCGGACUCUCGAUGGUGCAAACCUUGAUCCACCUGUUGAAAUGCAACGUUGGCACAGGGCUCCUGGGGCUUCCUCUGGCCAUAAAAAAUGCUGGCUUACUGGUGGGUCCUUUCAGCCUGCUGGCCAUCGGCGUCCUCACCGUGCACUGCAUGGUCAUCCUGCUGAACUGCGCUCAUCACCUCACGCAGAGACUGCACAAGACUUUUGUGAACUACGGCGAGGCCAUGAUGUACAGCCUGGAAACCUGUGCGAACCCCUGGCUGAGGGCCCACUCCGCAUGGGGAAGGUACUGACCCCUGGCUGAGGGCCCACUCCGCGUGGGGAAGGUACUGACCCUGGCUGAGGGCCCACUCCGCGUGGGGAAGGCUGUGACCCUGGCUGAGGGCCCAGUCCGCGUGGGGAAGGUACUGACCCUGGCUGAGGGCCCAGUCCGCGUGGGGAAGGUACUGACCCUGGCUGAGAGCCCAUUCCACGUGGGGAAGGUACUGACCCCUGGCUGAGGGCCCAGUCCGCGUGGAGAAGGCUGUGACCCUGGCGGCAGCAGUGAUGACCAGGAACUGUCCGCACCUGCUCUCCUCAGUUUCUAGCUGCACGGGUCUCUGAUGGAAAUGUUCUCACUGGAGACUAUGAAAUGAUCUAGAGAAUUUCCCAGCAGCCCCUCCACUAGCCGGUAAACAGUCGUCCACACUUUGUGUACUGUCCGUGUACCUCGGUACAUGUGUGCCAAUGGAAAUCUAGCGUUGGCUUUGCAUUUUCUUGUACAUUACUUAGAAUAAUUUUUGGAAGCCUUUUC